UUAAGGCCACAGUUUCACCUUACUGGCACUUUUACUCUGGGAACAAUAGUCAGACUCUGCUACAGCUCACAGUUUCCAGGGAAAUAAUGCCUUAUAAGGUUGAGUGGUUAUGGGCAGUGAUGUAAUAAAGUGCAUGCUGUGAGUUUCCCAUUCCAGCUGUCUGCAUGUCUGGACUGCGUUUCACUCUAGGGUAGAGUGCAAAGGAGAAAACGGAAAGAAAGUGACUGUUGGUGUGAGGGAUAACAUCAGAUCUGGACGGAGCAAACCGAAUCUCAGCACACAGACUGAAGCAACUAAAUAUUGCAGCAUCAUGGGCCAGUCAGCUUCCAAGCAGUUUGCCAAAGAGGUUUUGAAAAGCCACAACGAAUACAGAAAGCAGCAUCAGGUUCCACCCCUAAAACUCAGCAACAAGCUCAGCAAAGAAGCCAAACGGUACGCAGACAGUCUGGCCAGCACACGAGUUCUGAAGCACAGCCCUGAGUCAAGCCGGGGUAGCUGUGGCGAAAAUCUGGCCUGGGCUUCUUACGACCAGCCAGGAAAGGAGGUAGCUGACCGGUGGUACAGUGAAAUCAAAAAUUACAACUACAACUGUCCUGGAUUUUCUUCGGGUACCGGGCACUUCACCGCCAUGGUGUGGAAGAGCAGCAGGGAGCUGGGCGUGGGCAAGGCCACGGCCACCGACGGCUCCACUUUCGUGGUCGCCCGCUACUCCCCCGCGGGCAACAUCGUCAACCAAGGCCAGUUCGAGGAGAACGUGCUGCCGCCCAGGAAAUGACCUGCAUUUCAGGGAGGGGUGGGGGUGGGGGAGCAGAAUUGAUGGACCAUUGGGUUAACGGAAAUGACACCCGUGAGCUUUGGAAUGUGAAGUUUGUAAUGAACUCCCUUAGCAGUCUGGGCCAUCGUGCAGGACACUUACCUAAUAGAUUCGGGCUUUUUUGGGUUAAAGAAGUCGGGGACAAGGACACACCUGCCAGCUUAUAGUGUUUAAAACAUCCAGUCCUAGUGGUACCUUCAGUGGCACUCUACGGUAGCCAGUUUAUAGGCAUGUACAAAUACAUUUACCCAAGCGGAGGGUUGAUUACAAGUUUAAUUGUUUUUUAAUGUGUUCUAUGUGAAUGAAAGGGAAUAAUGAGUAAGCAGUCUAAUGGUACAAUGAAGAAACCAUCUAAUGGACAAAACAUACAAUUUUUAAAAAUAAUUGAUCCUUAAUCAAUGGCAAAGUGAAUUAUGAAGGAAGCAUAGGUAUCAAACAAUAUGAAGCUGCACUCAUUAAUACCGUAUGCAAGUGGAAAGAUGGCAUAUCCUAAAUAUUCUUUCACUUUGCCCCUGUAAAACUCCACUGACUUGAUGAUGGGAUCACGAAGGGGAAUGGUAUUUAAAACUGUUUUUAAGUUUGUGUUAAAGCAGUUUUGCUUGCAGAAAAAAAAGUUUCCUCAGUCGUUAUUAUAGUCCCAUAGUUUGGGAUGGAGAGCAGUGUUGCCUGGGUAGUUAGAAUAAAAUUCACUGGGCCCAUUUCUGUGUGUGUGAACAGCACACAGGAGCAAGUUCAGCUGAAGACCAAAGCCUCAGAUCCUGACAUCAAGGCAGGCUGUGCUGAUACCUGGGCAUUACACAUUGGGUGCUGGAGUCUGGGCUGGUUGCCAGUGUAUCAUGUUUCUGCUGAAGAUGAUGGAAUGGCAAUGCCAGCUGACUCCUGUUUACUUGUAGUAAAGCUGCACAUGAAAUUGCAUUAUUUUCAAGUCAAGAGUUGCAGUACCUGUGGCGUUUCGCUAAUGAUGUUUGAUGUUGCAUCAUUUCUUAUGUAUUUUAUAGUGGAAAACUGAGAUCAUUUCUCUGUCAGUGGUCAAAGCUUUUGAAGUGAAUUCUGUAAUUUGACAAUCCUUUGGAAGCAGUAUGGGUAACUACUCUGCCUGGUACUGUCUGCUAUUGACCAUUCAAUAAGUGUAUCCAUUUUGUAAAUGUUUACCCAUCAUCACCUAAAUGGAACAGCUGGAUUUCAAAUAAGUUUUUCAUGUACUAUACUUCCUGGUUUGGGAUAUGAUGUGUACCUUUUUCAGCAUAGGGGAAAAAAUGAAGUAAAUGGCUUCCUAUAAAAACAUUUUACUGAGCUAUUAAUGGCAUCUGAGCUUUUUUUGUGAAUGUAUAAUUCACCUAAUACAAAACACUUGAGUCAUUCUGAGAGACAAAUUUCUUUAUUACCUUUUUUUUACUCUUCUUUUUGCAUAAAGUACACUUGUGAAAUAAACCAAACAUUGUUUACAG